ACAACUUCAAAGUAAAGCUAGCCAAGUAAUGGAAUAUAAAAAAGCUUUAUACACUUGUCUCUUUUGAGAUUAUUUUAGUAUAAUAUUCUUAUGAUAUGGAGCUUGAGCUUGGUCUUGCUCUUCCUUAUAAUAAUUUUCCUACCAAUAUCAAAGGAUUAGGCCAAAAUGGCAUUGCUCAUAUGAUGAGGAAGGAUAGUUUUGGUGAUAACUUCUCAGAGGUGAAGCAGAAACGUAGUUUUGCAGAGGCCUUUGAGAAUGGCAGUGAAGGAGUUGAACGUAAAACUUUGUCUUUGCUCGUAUGGGAUGGCCAACCAAAUGAAGAAGAAGAUAAUGGUGAUGACGAUCGCCAUGGAAAAAAGAAGAUACCGUUUAAGGCUUGCGACGAGGAUUCUGAGGAAGAAAAUCAAGUAGUUGGGUGGCCACCAAUUAACAUAUGGAGAAAAAAGCAAUUUCAUGGGAAUUAUAAUCAAGGUUGGUGGAUUAAAAAUGAAAAAAAAUCCAUGUACGUGAAGGUGAAGAUGGAAGGAGUGGCCAUUGGAAGGAAGGUUAAUCUAAGGCUCUAUGAUUCUUAUCAAGUUCUUAACCACAAUUUAAUUCAAAUGUUUGCAAAAUACCUAAAUCUUGACAAUCAUACUACAUGCUUUACGAUCUUGUACCAAGAUAAGGAUGGAAACUGGAUGCUUGCUGGAGAUGUACCUUGUCAAACAUUCAUGAAGAGUGUUCAAAGAAUAGAGAUACUAAGGAAUGAGAUAUGAGGGAAGAUGCUCAAGAAUAUCGUAUGUCUUCUAUAGUAGCAAAAAUCUCUUAAAGUUAGCCUUGAUUAAUUAGCCUGUAAUAUUUUUAAGAGAAAAAUGAAAAAGAAAAAUAUUUGUAUUUUACAGUAAUAUUGUAAUUUUUUACUUAAUUUUAAUGGGACUUUCAAGAAUAUUGUAUUAGUA